ACAUGCAUAAACACGUAUACUUCCUUUGUUAUCUAUCCAUUAUUAUUAUGUAGUUGUUUUACAUGUCUCUUUUUUUUUUUUUUUCAGUGUGUGAAACAGAGACAGAGAGGCUAUGGCGAUGAGUAGUGAGGAGAUGUAUGUUGUUGAACCCAAGAACAACCCACAAGCAGUAUUCGAUUAUUUUUAUAAUUCUGAUGAAUCGGGGAAGAGUAGGUCGGUGAGAGAUGUGCAGAUGCAGGCUAAGCAACAUCUUGCAGCCAUGGGAUGGAGCUUUCAUUACAUUAUCAAGAAGCCUGGCAAGAGGGAACUGAGGUACUGUCCUCCUGAUAGUAAGAAGAAGUACAUAUCGCUUCGAAUGGCGUGUAAGGGCUUUUUAGAUAGCCAAUCCCAGUUGGGUGCUAGUGUUCUUGGACCAAAGAAUGUGGAAAGAACUGAGGAUCAUGAUGUUCUUGAAUCAGUUGAUAAUGCUGUUGAACUGGAAUCUGGGAAAGCCAAUGUGGAUGCUUCGACGAGCAAGAAGAGAAGGCUGAGUUCUGGGGAUGUUUAUGGAGAAAGGAUGUUGGCCUGCAUGAAAGGGAGGGUAGAAGAUGAUCCCUUGCUUGAGGAUACUUUGUCCGAAGAGGAAAAUUUUGCGGAAUUUUAUAAAGAAUUGUGCAGAGAAUCAGAACCAGACAGUGAAAAAGUAAGUGGUGGCACUGAAUCGCAGGAGACUAGUUCUAAUGACUUAUUUGUGCCCGAAAGGAAAGAUACUAAGGUGUCGAAGAGGGGUAGAAAGAGGAAGGCUGGUGGAAGGGGGAAGUCAGGGGGGAAAUUGGCUCUGUUUCUUAAAAGUGGAAUGAUUAAACCUCUGGCAAAAGUUUAUUACAGAAAGAAAGAUGGUAGUGUGAUGGGAGAAGGGAGGGUGACUAGUGAAGGGGUAGAUUGUUCUUGUUGUGAGGGUGUCUUCAACCUUAGUCAUUUUGAGAGUCAUGUGAAGAGUACUUAUCACAGACCUGCAGCCCAUAUAUUUCUUGAAGACGGAAGAUCACUAAUGCAAAUAGAGCAGGAGAUGGGAGCUCUUGACAACAAAGUGAAAGGAAUCAAGACGAAAGGGAAUGAGAGUAAAAAUGGUUCAGUAAGCGAGACUAUGCAUCAAAAGCCACAUGAUGAUUUUUGCUUAGUUUGUCGGGAACCAGGAGAUUUAAUAUUGUGUGAUCAGUGCACAUCUGCUUUUCACCCAAAAUGUCUUGGUUUGUCAGAGGUUCCUGCUAGCGAGUUUUGGUACUGCCCAACUUGUUGUUGCACAAUUUGUGGCCACAAGGGUCCAGGAGAUGAUUCAGAACCAACUAAUACAUGUGAUCAAUGCGAACAACAGUUUCAUGUAAAGUGCAUAGGUCAGUAUGGUGUUGCAGACUCAGAGAGGAAGAAAUGGUUCUGUAGUGAAAAGUGCAAGGGCAUAUCUGCUGGCCUUGGUGAAUUGUUGGGGCAAACAUUUGUUGUUGGGGACAAUAAUCUAAGUUGGACUAUUCUAAAGAAUGUGGAAAAUGUAAUUAAUGUCAAGACAACCAGAAAGCUGAAUCAGGCUCUUACUGUGAUGCACGAAUGUUUCCAGUCUGUGAAAGAACCUUGGAAUGGGAGGGAUGUUGCUGAAGAUGUAAUCUUUAGCAGGUCAUCUGAGGUGAAACGACUAGAUUAUCGAGGCUUUUAUACUGUGAUCUUGGAGAAAAGGGCUGAAGUUGUCACGGUUGCAACUGUAAGAAUUUUUGGAGACAAAGUGGCAGAAGUGCCCCUUAUUGCUACACGAUUUCAGUAUAGGAGACUAGGGAUGUGCAAGACACUGAUGGAUGUGCUUGAACAAAAGCUGUCGAAUCUGGGUGUUGAGAAAGUAGUCUUGCCUGCAAUUUCUUCUGUUGUAGACACCUGGACCAGUCCCGCCUUUGGGUUUACAGUAAUGACCACAUAUGAGCGAUCCAAGUUGAGGAACUAUACUUUACUAAGUUUUCCUGACAAUGUAACAUGCCAAAAACUGCUGGGAGGAUCAGGACAGUCGUUUCCAGGAAACUGCUCGCAGGAUCAGGAUAGUCUCUUCGAGGUGGGAAUUUGUUCUUUGGUGGAUAAGAAUCAGAUGCCAAGUCUCUAAUUGCGUUGAUCCACUAUUUCUCAGUUCACAAAGGAAAGAAGAAAAGACAGAGUCAUUCUGUAACACCUUCAGUAAACAAGACAGCAAUACCUGUUAAUGCUGUCUAGCUUUGUUGCAAGU